AUGCCUCUAUACGCCAUGCGUAUGGCCUUUUCUGUAAACAUCAUGCGAUCUGCCAAGGAUACUAAGCGGUCAGGUCAUGCGCGAAACGAGUCUGGUUUGGCCGUCGCGCUGCCGCCUGAGCGGCUCUGUGGUGGUCACCUCGGCCAAUUCGACCGUUCGCAACCAAACAACUUCAAUAUGGCUUUCGAAUGGCUUGCACCGAUCCUUACGCCCGCCGCCCUGCGCUCCGUACAAGCUGACGGUCGACCUGUCAUCACGCUCUUUCUUGUAAUCUUCGGUCUCUCAGUCUUCGGUGUCCUGAUAUGGUACGUCCACUUCGUCACAUCCAAGAUGUAUCCGAAGAAGAAGGAUCCAAAUGCCAAGAAGGGCCCGUUGCUCGGCUUCAUUAAGCGAUAA